UUAUUCUGUACCCAGUCAGAAAGACUGUGAUAUAGGAAGCAGUGAAACUGUUUGGUUCUUUCUGCCUCUUUGUUUCCAUAUGGACUCAAGCAUUUUCUAGACUGAUAAUUACAAGAUGAGAAUUCAGCUUAUUUGCUUGGUGCUCCUUUUUGUGACCUAUGAUGGAGUACACUCAGAUCCUAAUCAGGAAAUGAAUGCAUUAGAAGCAGAUUUACUGAACAGCUUUUACACAUCAAAGGUAAAUAAUGAAGGAAUACCAUACUGGAAGCUGACAUUACUUAUCAUGUGUAGACUUAUACAUAACCAAGGAGAAGAUGCGUGGAACAGUGGUGAAGAAGGGUUCACAUCCAGCGAACAUGCUUCACCAUUUCCAGACAACUCAGACACCAUGGAUACAGCUUAUCAACUACAAAAAAUCUGUAGUGGUAGAGCAUUGCAGACAAGGGAGUUGAUCCAGAAAACCCAGGAAUUCCUGGAUGAGGAUAACUCCAUUUACAAGAAUGAAGGAUACCUGAAGAGAAAAUCACCAUUCAUUUUAAAAAGACAGCUACAUGUGAACAAACCAAGAAGGCCUUACAUUCUCAAGAGAAGUACACUCUAUUGAGCCUAUUCUACUGGAAGGAGAGAAAGAGAGGGACAUUAUACAUUUUGUGAAUAUGUGGCUGUAUCGUUUGUGUCUGUGGUACAUAUCAUUUGUUUUGUGUUUGCUGGAGCACUUAUAAAAAAACAUAUAAUCAUUUAUCCUCCAAUAUUGUUUUUCUAAAUAAACCUCUUGGCAUUAAUUAUAUCUUGUUAUCUUUAUUAGGAUAAAAAAAUAAUGAUUUUUCAUUUACAUUCUUGGUAUGAAAUGUGAAGUGUAUGACUGUCAUUAAACUGAAAUUAUUGCUAAUCCGUUCCCAUUAUGCUGCAGCUCAUUUAAAAGAUUACGUGUGGAUAUUUUGAAAGUAUGCAGCUGGCUAGUCAUACCACAAAUUUUGUUAUAAUGAGAUGAGCUAUUGGUCCUUAUCUGAAAUAAUUACAUUUUAAGGGAUCCCUCAAACCCGCAUUGUCUAUCAACAGUUUUAUUUUAUUAAAAGUGUGUGUAUAUACUAAAACUUGUCAUUAACCUGUCUACAUUUAAUGAUUAUGAAAAGGGAACACUUUUGUAAAUCACAUCACAUAAAUCAACAAGUGUUAAAGUCAAACUCAUCUAAAAUCAUAUUUUUUAAUACCUAUAUACAGCAUAUGCUCAGAAAAAUAGUUUUUCAGUUUUUACUGUAUUCUGUGCUCCGAAACAACCCUAGGAGCUUGAUAAAUUUUCCAAUUUGAUGGAGCAGAUCUCAAUCUAUUGUUUAGUGAAAAACCCCACUGCCACAUUGCACCUUUGAGUUUGUGCUGCAGUGCUCCCCUUUAAAUGCUCAGCAGAAAAGACAGAGAGAGAGGAACAUGCCGAAAUAUACAGUACUUUGUGUAGGAUAGCUGAAAAAUUCACAGUGUGUACACUAUUUAUGACUUGGUUUUAAAGUGAUGCAAUAUCAUUUAUUCAAAAAUAUAGUCCAUAAUAAACAUUUAAUGAUUAAAUCAGUGAUUGUUUGCUGCUCUAGCCAUGCAAGAUAUGAUUUGUUGAAGUUUCAUCUUGGUAAUGGUCAAGAAAUUUAAAUUCACAUUUAAAUAUUGACAUAACACAUUCACCCCAAUACAUGUGUUUCCUGUCCACGUUCUUGUUUUUUAGUAAAGUCUGCAUAUUCUGAAUCAGCCAAAGAUAAGCACAAGUGGAACAUGGAACUUACAUAUAGUCAUUAUUGUGACUGCACAAACAGAACUUCUAACUUUAUUAGAAAGUGGUAAUCCAAAUGUCAUCUUUUAUUUGCUGUUCUUAAAUAAAGGGACAAACAAUAAAAUUUACAUUCUUCAAUAUACACAAUUAAUGAUUCAAGUGUUGUUCAGAUAGUAAAAUAUGUACAGCUAUAUAUAUAAUUCACUAAGCAGCCGAACAUGGCACGCAAGACAGAGACCAUGGGAUAAGCACGACAGAGCCACGCCCACCAACUCACAGAGCCCUGCCCACCAACUCUAAGACCAUGGGAUACACAUGACAGAGCCCCGCCCGCCAACUCUAACCCUCCUCCCGCGUCAUGGGAUACGCAUGACCGUGUCCACCCUCGCAAACUGUUUUACACGCUGCAUACAGCGAUUCCCAUCCGCGACAAACAUGCUUCUUCUUAGAUGGUUCCUGCAGGAACAGGGAAAACCUUUGUCUACAAAAACCUGAUUCAUACCAUACUAAGAACAUAGUGUUUUUGUUGGCUUGCCCACCUGCCCGCACGCCCGCACGCCUGACUGUUACCAGCAUUCACCGCAAUGUACUGGAGUGUAAAACUAUCGGAGCUGCUACCUCACAAACUGUCCUUAUUCCCCAGAUUUCCCUGACCCCAUCAGAUACAAAUUUGCCUUCUACAAUUACACGCAGACAAUUUCCUGUUAGAUUGGCCUUGCAAUGACAAUUAAUAAGGCACAGAGACAAACUUUCAAAAAGAUAUGCCUGUAUCUGCCAAAACCAGUUUUCAGUCACGGACAAUUGUAUGUUGCUCUCUCCAGAGUUCCAUCUUUUCAUUCACUCACAGUCGUAUCCUCAAACCCACCCCAUUUGGAUAACUGUGUCAUUCAGGAAGUGUUCACCCAUCAAUAAAUAAUUAUGCGGCGUAUGCUACGCCAUGGGUUGGCUAGUGUAUUUAUAAUACUCUAAAAUUAACAUGCAGAAGAACAUUGGCUAGUGCCCGGAGACUUUAAUUCCCUGUUCAUUCAUGCUCUGUGGAGUUCUCUUUAAGUUUGUGUGAUUUUAUUUACUUUUAAUCCUGUUUUCACUCACAUCCAACUAACUGUGCAUGUUACUUUUAUUAUUAACUCCAACUAUGCUCUGUGUGAGUAAAUGUUGCCUACCAUGGAAUGGCAUGCCAUCUGUAGUUUUCAUUGCAGUAGGGGCAAAUAUUUUAAUAGAAAAGGCACAUUCACCUUUGACAAACUCAUUACAUAAAAUGGUACUUUAAAAUGUGUGCCUUUUUAUGCAGAUGAAUGGACACGUACAGGCUAAAUUCAUUGGCUUUUGUUUACUCAUGACUUCUUGACAGUAAGGAUUUUUAGGAGCUGAGUGGUGGUACACAAGUUAGCUCUGUUCCCUUGCACCUCCAGAGCCCUGGAAGUACUAUCUGUAUGGACUUCAUACAUUCUUCUGUGCAUCUGUGGAUUUUCUACGGGGUACAAUGAUUUCCACACAUACAGUACUCAAAAUGUGUAUAUUCAAUGGAUGAGUGAUGUGGUAUCUGAGUGUGUACAUGAAUAUGUCUUGUAAUGGGGCUGAUCCCUCUUGCAGUGUUGGUUCCUGUCUUGUACCCAGUCAUGAAAGAAUUGGUUCUGGCUCUCAGUGGGCCUUUAUUAGUCUAAUCUGCUUCAAAUAAUGCUGUUUAUUUGCCACCUUUCAGUUCACCAUGAACUUUCUUAAUCCAAUUGUGAAACUGAGCUGAAGCCUAUUCUGGCAGCAUCAAACAAAAGAUAGAGAGUAGUUUUUCACAAAGUGAUGAAAGAAAAAAAAUAAUACAAUGCUUCAAAGGUAAAGUAACCACGCAAGAUGUGCACAAAUAAACAUGCUCAUUUCAUAACUAAACAACAGAGGACAGGAUCUCUUAAUAAAAUGUAAUUGAUGUCAUAAUCACAUUUUGAUUCAAGCAGAUUGAAUUUUGUGUGCUAAUUUUUGAUUACUCAAAAUUGUUCCACUCUACUUUCCUAUUUGCAUAACAUCUCCAUCCAUCCAUCCAUUAUCCAACCCGCUGAAUCCGAACACAGGGUCGCGGGGGUCUGCUGGAGCCAAUCCCAGCCAACACAGGGUGCAAGGCAGGAACCAAUCCUGGGCAGGGCACCAACCCACCGCAGGCAUAACAUCUCACAUCAUCAAUUUCAUUUUAAUUGUGUGUUUCUUUUAAACAAAGGUUUCUGUAGCACUAGGGUGUUGUACCAUGUUAGCCAUUAUGGAUGUAGUGACAAGUUAAGCAAAAGCUUGCAUAUUGGAAUCUUUUUAGUUAGCCAAUAAAAGGUGUCAUUUUUGCUUAACUUCUCACAACAAACGUUUCGAAACAGGAGAGUGUAUUAUAAAGCAGUACAACUCAGCUGUUCUGCAUCUUGUGUAACCCCCUCAGCUCAGUUUGUGCAUUGCUAAUUUUGUCCUAAAAUUCCUUUACAACAAUCUCCUUGACAUGGAGAAAGAGAUAAUUUAGGAAAACAUUAUAAUAAGUGAAACUGUAGCCAUUGCUUUUUUUAAGAAGGAUGUUUCUGACAAAUAAAUACCCUUCAUGUGAUAUUAUUUCUUUACUUUGUAAUGACAGAAUGAUGAAGUUUUGCCCUUUCAUAUAAAAGAUCUUCCCCCAUAUGUUGGUUGAUUAAUUUGCCAUAUGUUAUACAGUAUACUUAAAAACAAUAUUUUAUAGCCUUGCAGUUUCUUUUAAGCACCAUUAUUGUCAGGUCAGCCACACAAUUGUAUGACCCCUAGUGAAUUAUUUUAUCUGCAAGUGCACCAGUUGUAAAAAAUAUUAGGCCAUCAUUUGCCAUGAUCUUUAAAAGUUAAAGUAACUAGCGACAGUGAUCUCUAUAUAAAAAAGCUCUUUUUAAAACAAAGGUUGUUUAGUUGAAUUAAGAAACUGUUGUUCACUACUUAACUGGGGGUAGGUCAAGAUUGUCCAAAAUAUUGUGACAACAGUUUGUAAAGGUGAAAAAUGAUGCAUAUAGAUCAUUAAAUAAAUUGUCCAGGAAUGAGGACAAACUCUGUAGUGGUAGCUAAUAAGGAAAACAUGUUAGUGAAACAAACAACUGCAACAAGUUUGUGUUUUAACUAUAGAUGUUCAGUAUUGUGUAUGAAAUUUGGAAUAAACACAGAAAUUGAACAUGUAUGCCAUGACCAGUUUGACAUCAGUUCCUUAAACAGCAUUUAUACCUGCUUGUUUAACUCUUUGCAUUAUCUACUUACAUGUCCUGAUCACUUCUGGAUAGUAUGCCCUUACGCGAAUGGGUGCAAAGUGUUUAACACUGCUAAACAAAUUUCAGGAUGAAUAUCAUUCUUUCUUGUAAAGUCCAAAGGUAUUUUCACCUGUUCAUCCAUUUUCUUAUCCUAUUAUCAAAUGCUAGAGCAGCAUUAAUCACAAGGCACUUACCAGUCUUUACAUCCAUCACAAGCAGUAGCCCCAUCAACCGCUGUGGCACUGUAUACUAUUUUCACAAAGGUACAUUUUUCUAGAAAUUGGGGAACAUGAACUAUAAUUUAAUCAAGCUCCGUAGAGUUACACACCAGAGUAGAUACGAGAACUAAAAUUAGCACAACCCCGGCACUCUGCAACAUGACCAUGCUGACAAGCCACUACGGUAAACAAUUGCUGGGCUAAACCAAAAAUAUCUUUAAUAGUAUAGAGAAUCUGCCUACAUAUGAGAAAAUUUAGACUGUGACUUUUUGUGAUUUAUGGGUUAAAUCUUUAUUUCUAUACAGGAAACACAUGUACUGUAUUAAUCCUGAUGAAACACUGAAUUAACUUAAUUGAUCGUUUUCAAAGGACUAUACACACUGUAUAUGUUAAUGUCAUUACUUUGUAUGUAAUAUAUUAUUUCAUAUUAUUAAAUUUGGAAUUUAAUACCCACACUAUUGGUUGAUGGACACUAGCUGUUGUCACCGCUUAUGAUUUCUUUCUUUAUGCUUCUGAUAUCAAAAACAAUGUGAGAUCUGUUGAAAGACUGGUAUAUUAUCACUGCAGAUGAUACUGAAUAAAAAAUAUCAAAUGUACUCUGUGUAAAAUAUACUAUUGUGUUUUGAUUACAUGUCUAAGACUGUGAUGUUGAAAUGUUUUUGAAUAAAACACAUACAUGCUGAUUAAG